CAGCACCAAUAUUAGCCCAUGGACCGCUCGUGUUUUCAAAGUGCGAGGUGAAGCGAGAGUUCUGAGCGAGACGAUUUUUGUGAUUAUUACGCUUCAAAAUUAUCAACAUGAGUAGCUCGGAAGAAGUAUCAUGGAUUGCUUGGUUCUGUGGCCUCAGGGGGAAUGAAUUUUUCUGCGAGGUUGAUGAAGACUACAUCCAAGAUAAAUUCAACUUAACAGGCCUAAACGAGCAAGUCCCUCACUACAGACAAGCCUUGGAUAUGAUCCUUGACCUAGAACCAGAUGAUGAAGAAGAUCUUCCGCACCAAAGUGACCUGGUGGAGCAGGCGGCUGAGAUGCUCUACGGCCUCAUCCAUGCCCGCUACAUCCUCACCAACAGAGGCAUCGCUCAGAUGAUUGAAAAAUACCAAGCUGGCGAUUUUGGCCAUUGUCCGAGGGUCUACUGUGAGAACCAGCCGAUGCUGCCCAUCGGCUUGAGUGACGUGCCUGGCGAGGCUAUGGUGAAGCUGUAUUGCCCCAACUGCUGUGAUGUUUACACUCCCAAAUCAUCGCGCUACAAUCACAUCGACGGCUCGUACUUCGGCACAGGAUUUCCUCACAUGCUCUUCAUGGUGCAUCCUGAGUACCGACCAAAGCGUCCUGGCACUCAGUUUGUCCCAAGACUUUAUGGCUUCAAGAUUCACCCCAUGGCUUACCAACUGCAACAACAAGCUGCUGCUAAUUUCAAUGCCCCUAUGAGACCUGUGAAUUUUAACAAUGGUAAAAGGUAGAUAUAUUUGUGCUGCUCCAGGUCCUGCCUUCUUCAUGGCUAGCUAUUAAAGAUCGCGCUGUGCUAGUGGCUUGAUUGCUAUCAUCAACGCCAUAGUUUCUUAUUGAAACAUUUUAAGCUGAAUAAUGUGUGGAGGAAAUAUUACAUCCCUAGCUUUUUAUGGGACUCAUUUCUACUACGUUAUAUAUGUAGUUCGUAGCUGAAUUAUUCUUCGACUGGAAUAUGCUUCAUGAUAUCCUCUAUGAUUCUUUCUAAUCUUUUCCUCUUGGUGUUCGGGGUGGAGGUCUCGUAAGUGUGAGCAUAUAUUCAGAGGAUGUUUCAAGCUAAAUGAUCAGUAAGGCUUGUAUUAACCGGAGUUAAUGACUAUAUGCGGAUGAAGAAAUUGAUGUUGUUGGAAGUGGUAAUCAGUAGUUCACGAAUGUGCAAGUGGUUUUAAAUGACCAGAAUUGGGUUAAAUAUACUUAGGGUUUUUAAGUCUGAAGUUCCCAGCAUAGACUGAUAUCGUUUGCAGAGAAUGGAAUUACCACAUUAUGGUGUUGCAGACAGUUAUUUUCUCCUAGAAUUAUAUAGAUUUUUUUAUUGGCUAAUUUUUUCAUGCAGUUUUGAUGUUUUGUGUGAUUGUCUUAAACAAGAUUAUGGUUGCUGAUGAUUCGUAUAACUCAUUUUUCGAGUAGGAAUUCCAACAUAAUAAACCUUCAUUGUUGAGACUAUAGGUAACUGAUUGCAUUAUGAACCCUUGAGACGAUAAUUUAUUAAAGUUGGCUGCUUAUUACUUUGUCAACUUCAGCUUGCUUUUUAUUCAGAGGCUAUGCCGUUACAACCCAAGCCUAACAAAAUUUUAGAGCAUAUUCCCGAACACUCGUGUACUUCAGUCGUAUUUGUACACGUCCUUAACAGUACCAUCCAUGUUACGGAUAUGGAGUGAUUCAUUGCUCGAGUUUACAAUCUCAGUGGUACUAUGACGACCGAUAUGAAUCGUAUGUGAUAGGCUGGUGAGUAAUCCAAAAAUGGCAUUGAAAUUUUUGGAAUCAGGACUUGAGCAUUGUCUCAGUUCAGGACUUGACCAUUGUCUCAGUUCAGGACUUGAGCAUUGUCUCAGUUCAGGACUUUAGCAUUGUCUCAGUUCAGGACUUGAGCAUUGUCUCAGUUCAGGACUUGAGCAUUGUCUCAGUUCAGGACUUGAGCAUUGUCUCAGUUCAGGACUUGACCAAUGUCUCAGUCCAGUAUGAUUGCAGUUCAGUUUUGAAUCAAAUAACCGCUGAGAACAUUAGGAUGCCUCCCGAAAAAAAAACCAUAGUCUUAUUCUCAAAAAAUGUAUUGGGAAGCAUUAAGAAGGUCGUUUAGUAACUAUUGUCUCUUCUUCAGUAGCUUGAUUACUUGUCGUUUUUUUUACAAGUUCUUCAGUUAAUCUCGUUGUGGUUAGUUUCAUGACUUGGCAUCUAGACUUCCAUAACUUUGCAAAAGUUUUCUUUAGUGUUUCUUUUCAUGUACAUACUUGCUUUCCAUCAUUGUCAUCAGAAAAUGCCAAACAAAAGUUCCACGUUGAA